AAAAAAAAUUUAAAAAUGUCUGUGAUCAAUAAUAAACAAGCAAUAAUUCAAUAUGAAAAAUCAUUAAAUUCUCUUCAUCGUUUAAUGAAUGAUCGAUGUUUUCAAGCAGAAUGUGAAUUAUUGAAACGAAUGUCACCAAAAAUCAGUAUUCGUUUACGAAAUUCUAUUUAUUCACGUUCAAUCACACAACUCGUUCGAUUGAUUGACAAAUUUAGCGAGCAGAUCAAACAUUUUCCCAUUGAAUGUACUGAUCAAAAUAACGUUCAUGUUAAACAUUCCGAUAAUGUGGUGGACAAAAUUGAACAAUUUGGUUUUUGUUUAUACAAAAUUUGCAUUGUAUCCAUGAAAGUUUUCAGACUUUCCAAAAUAUGGAUUGAAUUAGGUCAAUUGGUCAAUCAUUUUCUUAUAAUCAAUGGAUUAGCUUCAAGAAUAUGCAUUUUUAUUAAAGCAUUUAUGGUCUACACAUAUGAUAUUUAUGGCCAUUUUAAUGAUGACAAUAAAAAUGAUAAAUUGAAAAAAUUAUUGAAGAAAAUGAAUGUUACACCAAUGCCGGCUACAAAAUCAGCUAUCGAUUCAGACAAAAGAGAAGAAACAAAAAAUGAUGAUCUUGGAGUUCAAAUGGAUAGAAAACUUUAUCAAUCAUCAUUAACACAAUUACAAUCAAAUGACAAUAAAACAAAAGCUAGGAAUAAGAAAAAAAAUAAACAAAAUUUUGUUGAACAUGAUAAUAGUAAUAAGGGACAGAAUUCUGUUAUGAAAAUUCGACGGAAAAAAUCCAAAAAGCUCUCAAUGGCAAACAAAUUUACUGUGACCAGUCAACAGAUUGACCAUUAG